AUGAGGCCUGCUCCAUCACCGCCUGCGCGUGCUGCCGGCAAUCCCUUCGAGGCUCGCGAAUAUCAAGUUUCGCAAGGCUCUCGACCAAGCAGCAUUGGCCACUCCUCUCAGGCCUCGACUGAUUCCUCUCUGCCUCGUGUUCCUGCCGCAACUGUCUCCCCGGCAUCCGUCCGAGGCCACAGUCGACUCGCAGCAAGCCCCAUUCGCCCAGAAGAUCCUGAGAUUACUCCUGCUCCACCAGUGACUGAGCAACAGUCACAGGUAGAUUCCAACGCAGGGGUCAUCAAUGAGAAAUCCGUCCCCUUCGAUUCGGACCCAGAAUCAAGUGCCACUCCAGGGAAGUUCACAACAGGCGACAAAAAUGAGGCCGACAAUUUCCAAGCAGCGGGUUCGUCGGGUGAGGCCAAGGCCAAGUCCCGCAACCCUUUCAAGCGGUCCUACCACUGGAUGCGCCGCACCUAUUGUCCCAUAGAGGAGCCUCCUCUGGUCCUCCCAAGUUGUCCCACAGAUGCUGAGAAGCUGUCGUAUGUCCACACCAACCGAGUUCCACUGUACAUAUUCGGCAUCUUUUCUUUCCUCUCCCUAUCAGCCGGAAUGUGGCUGUUCUCACUCUGCGCAACCCCAUUCUACUGGUACGGCGCCUUUGUCGGCUUCCUGAACAUCUACCUCCUCAUCAGCUACUGGGUCGGCGUAGUCGGCAAGGACUGGGACUACGAAGCUCACAAGCAGCGAGUUGAGCGGCACCCACUCAACGACGAGACCUCACCCACAGUGGACGUCUACCUCCCCGUGUGCGCCGAGGAGGUUGAGAUCCUGGACAACACAUGGAAGCACAUCACUCAGCUGGACUGGCCCGCGGACAAGAUCCAGGUGCACGUCAUGGACGACGGUGCCAACCCUGCGGUCCAAGAGCUCGCACAGCGCUACGGCUUCAACUACACUGUGCGGGAGGACCGGCCACGGCUGAAGAAGGCGGGCAACCUGCGGUGGACGUUCGCCCGGACGAGUGGCGAAUUCUUUGCCAUCUUCGACGCCGACUUCUGCCCCCGCCCAGAUUUCCUCAAGGAGUUGAUGGUGGAGCAACUCGACGAUGAGAAGGUCGCCAUUGUGCAGAGUCCGCAGUUCUUCCGCGUCACGGAUGAGCAGACGUGGGUUGAGCAGGGGGCUGGUGCGACGCAGGAGCUGUUCUACCGUGUCGUUCAGGUCAACAGGAACCGGUGGGGUGCCAGUAUCUGUGUCGGAAGUAAUGCGUUGUAUCGUCGGGCUGCUCUUGUGGAUGUUGGAGGUACAGCGGAAAUUGGAUUCUCUGAGGAUGUGCACACAGGCUUUGGCGCUGUCGACAGAGGCUGGAAAGUCCGCUAUAUCCCUCUUUGCCUCGCAACUGGCGUUUGCCCUCCCACGCCACGCGCUUUCUUCUCACAGCAGAUGCGCUGGGCCCGAGGCAGUACUACGCUCCUUACCAACGGUCACUUCUGGGUGUCAGAAUUGACGUUUGUGCAGAAGGUCUGCUAUCUCUGUGGCUUUCUGUACUACUCAGCUGUCUCCCUGGGCAUCUUCAUCUCACCCAUCCCCGGAAUCCUCCUUCUCUGGAUCCGGCCUGAGUGGUUCAAGUACUACAACCUCGCCUUCGCAAUUCCCUCGCUCUUCUACGGCCUCGUCGUCUUCCGAGUCUGGGCCAAGGCUUCAUACGGAAUGAACGUCCAGCACGUCAUGCUGAUCCAGUCCUAUGCCUAUCUGACCGCCAUCAAGGACCGGUUGUUCAACAUCGAGCUAAUGUGGGCGGCCUCUGGGGACGCCAAGGCACACAAGAGCCACAAGUACCGCAACAUGCGAAUCCUCUGCUGGGUCUGGAGCAUAGCCACAUUUGGCGGCAUGGUCAGUGCCGUGACUUGGAGGCUGACACAUGGAUUUGAGUGGUAUAACCCGAUCCCACUGAUUUUGCUGAACCUUUACAAUCUUUAUGUUGCACAUCGCUUCCUUCUAUGCAACUGGUAG